CGUACACGGAUAUACGUACGCGGAACCUCAGUUGUAAACAAAAACGGACAAUCACAACUUUCCUAUUCUGAGCUAGAACAUAAUAAAAACAAAAACUGGUUAUCUCGUCAAUCAGAGUUUUUUUUAAAGAAAGUUACAGACGUGUGGUAGUCUUUCAUGAAGCGCCUGCUCGCUGCCACAGGGAGACGCACUGUGGUGUUGUAGGCCUGCAGACACGAGUGCAGUCAACAUGUCGAGGAAACAGACGCACAAAUCUUUGCGGAGCAAUAAAAAGAGUGAAUUGGAGCGCAAGAGGGAUGAAAGGGCAGUGCGCCGGGCCAUCGCAAAAGACCGCAAGAACCGCCCUCAGGAUGGCGAUGAAGGUGCAGAGUUUGUCAGUUUCUCCAAUCAGCUGCAAGCACUGGGGCUCAAGCUGAGAGAAGUCCCUGGAGAUGGGAAUUGUCUGUUCAGAGCUCUAGGCGACCAGUUAGAGGGUCACUCCCGGGGCCACCUGCGUCUUCGCCAGGAAACUGUUGAUUAUAUGACAUCCCAUCGACAAGACUUUGAGCCCUUUGUUGAGGAUGACGUUCCCUUUGCACAGCACUUGGCCAAUCUUUCUCAGCCUGGUACUUUUGCUGGCAACGAUGCCAUUGUGGCAUUUGCUCGCAGUCAACAGGUGAAAGUGGUUAUCCAUCAGCUCAACACUCCACUGUGGGAGAUCAACGGUUCAGAGAAGCAGGUGUGCCGAGAGCUGCACAUUGCCUACCGCUAUGGAGACCAUUAUGACAGCGUGAGACGGAUAGGAGACAACUCUGAGAGUCCUGCUCAGCUCCGCAUAGAGAAUAUGCAGAAUUCACAUGGACAGCAGCGUGAGUUUGGGGACGGUCAGAGAGACAGGCACAAAAAGUCUUCUCCUUCAGCGUCAGAGGAGGACAACGUGAUCCUGAGCUCCAUCAAGAAUCGAGGGAUCCAGGGUGAUGAGGAAAACUUACUCCAACUGAGUGCAGCGACAAUCAACGCCGAGUGGCUUGUUGGCUCUGCGGUGGGCCAGUCCUGCCAGGGCCAGUGUGCCUCUGGAUCCUGUUCAGCCUGCAGAGCUGCAGCCGCUCACUGCAGUGAUCCCAUCGAGACAGCAGAGGGCAGCAACGUUCAAAAAUCCAAGGUCUCCAACAAACAGAGGAAAGAGCAGCAGCGGCUCGAGAAAAAGAAGCGUCAGGAGGAGCGGCAUCGACAGAAGUUCCUCCAGAGUAAAGGAAGCCAGGACCAGAACCAAAACCUGCCAGACGCUGUUACUUUAGUACCAGCUCUGAACACUCUCAGCAUAUAGACUGGAGCAUGGCCAAAAAUACCUUCUGCUACUCUUGCUACCGGUGGCUGUCCAUAAAGUUUUGCACAUAGUCAAAAUUUCAGUCACAUUGGAUAACUUUUCCUAAGGAGAACCCUCUAGCAUCUUUGCAAAGAGUUUAACGGUGCCUGCAAACUGGUGUGUGUGUGUGUGUGAGAGAUGGGCGAAUGUUGUAAGAGACAAGCGAAAGCGCAUGAGUAUCAGUAUUUCUGUUGGGAUUUUUCUUUAGUUCCAUCCAUUCCAGGUGUUGGUGUAUGUAGAAGCUGCUCAUAUGUGGUUUAAGCACUACGUUAUCUAGCUCCUUUCUAUGCUGGACAUCGGGCUUUUCAUGACUACAGACAAUCUUGCACAGCCAGGCUUUUUGAUUUGCCACAGACUUGAAUUUAUUCUGAUGUUCUAUCUGUCUGUGAUCGAAGAAUAAAUUCAGUAUUUGGGGGGGGUGGGGCAGACGAAAGGAUUGUUAUACACAGUGUGUGUGUGAGGAACGUGGCAAUAAAUAAUAAUAAAUCAGAUUUACCUUUUUUUAUUCCUGUGUGAACCCAGUAGUACGCUAUGUACUAUCCAGGGUGACGAGCUGUUUAAAUUAAAGGUUUAUGAGUCAAAGUAAGUUCCUGACAUUUUCAUUAAGUAAUGUGUUUAAAGGUAGUAUUGAAUUUCUUUUUUCUUUUUUUAAUUAAUAUGGCAUUAAGAGAAAUGAUUACAUCAUUUUAACAGACAAAGGAAGGAUGCUGACAGCUGCUCCCUUAUUCACCACAGCGGGUAGAAAAUGUGCUGCACUUAUACAUCACCUUUCUACUCUGAGCUUUUUACUACAAGCGUAGUUUUUCUCUUUACUUUGUGUAACCCUCACACGGGUGCAUCAGAGGACACAGGGGGUCCAAUAUCUUCCUGAGGGACGCCUCAACAUUUGUCUCUCCUCCAAGAAGCAUACUGAAGAUUGUUUGCUUCUUAACAAAAUGUGUAAACCACUACACUGUGAAGCCUUUACAGAAGCUUCUCGAUAUUAUAAAGCAAAUGCAGAAUUCCUGUAUUUAAUUUGGUUUCUUGACAUUUUCCCACCCCGUGUCACUGUCAAGGAUCCCACUAAUUUGUGCAUAGUGCUGUAAUUUAGUUAGCCAACAACAGUCUGUCACCAGAUAUUUGUGCACUUAGGUGUAAUAAAUGAUCUUGCACUCAGCAAAGCUGCUGCCAAUAAACGAGUCUAGUAUGCAGGGACA